AGUAGCUUACUUGGCCACUGUUAUAACUGUAACUUAAAGCAGGUACAGCCUCAUUGUUAACAGUAAAUGUGUACCAAAAGUUACACAGAAUUUUCACAAGGUUCAAGUUUGAGCUCAGCAGACCUGAAAUUUGCUCAGUUACAGAAAACAAAUUUGAGGGAACAUUGGUGAUUUUAACUUUUGUAUAAUUAUUUGCAAAUGACAACAUCAAUGUAACUUGAAUGCAUUUAGUGUCAAGAGAAGCUUGGUCCGGUGGACAUGCUGGUGAACUGUGCUGGGCCGUCCUUCUCUGGGAAGUUUGAGGAGGUGGAGGUGGAGCGCUUCAGAAGUCUGAUGGAGGUGAACUACCUGGGCAGUGUGUAUCCCACACGGGCCGUAAUCGCCACUAUGAAGGAGCGGAGGAUGGGACGCAUCAUGUUUGUCUCCUCCCAGGCUGGCCAGAUCGGCCUGUUUGGCUACACUGCCUACUCCCCGUCCAAGUUUGCCCUUUGUGGUCUGGCUGAGUCCCUGCAGAUGGAACCUUUAGAGACCAGACUGAUCUCCGAAACGUCUGGGGUGACUCAGCCGGACCAGGUUGCUAAAAUCGUGGUCAAGGAUGCUGUGGGGAACUUCAACAUCUCUGUGGGGCCUGACGGCUACAUGCUCUCGGCUCUCACCUGUGGAAUGUCACCUGUCACCUCCAUCACAGAGGGCCUCCAGCAGAUCGUGACCAUGGGGCUGUUCCGGACCGUCGCUCUGUUCUACCUGGGGAGUUUCGACAGCAUUGUGCGUCGCUGUAUGAUCGAGAGGGAGCAGUCCAAAGCAGCGGACAAGCGGGAGUAACACGCCCACCCCAACCUCCUCCCUCAUACACCCCCUCCCCCGCCUCUCCAUCCUCCCAGAGUCGUAGCCACUGAAGAACCCAACCGAGCCACCACUCCUCUCCCAUCCCCUUCUCCCCUAGAGGGCACAACCCUGGGUAGGCUAAAUGGCCAGUCAUCUCAUCCACCAGUGAUAAUAUCUAAGUAAAGAAGAUGGUGGAUGUCUUUUCCACUUGACCGAUGAUGUAACACAUACCAUCCUUGGCAGCCAUUUUGUCAUUAUUCCAUUGACAUUUACUUUUUUUCCCUUCCAUGCAGAGAUUUGUCUCCAGAGAUUAUGUCAGCAUGUUGACCUGCAAUUCCUUUACCAAGAGUCUGACAAAAUACCAACGCAAACAAUACUGUAUGUCAUGCAGACCAUUCUGAGUAAGCUAGCUUAAUCACCUUAAACUCUAUCUUCACCAAAUGCGUUCUGUUCCACCUUCCAAAGCUUUUUUCUUUUGCAGGCAGGGCUUCUUUCCUCUAUAAUCACUCUGUUGUAACCUGUGCCCCUCCUUGUGCUGUCUAUGUCGUGUGGUGUUUUGGCCCCUCCUUGUGCUGUCUAUGUCGUGUGGUGUUUUGGCCCCUCCUUGUGCUGUCUAUGUUGUGUGGUGUUUUGGCGCCUCCAUGUGCUGUCUAUGUCGUGUGGUGUUUUGGCCCCUCCAUGUGCUGUCUAUGUCGUGUGGUGUUUUGGCCCCUCCAUGUGCUGUCUAUGUCGUGUGGUGUUUUGGCCCAUGCUGUGGAUACAUUAACUAAACUUCGAGGUGAUUUUAGUCGUUUUGGGCUCCCGAGUGGCGCAGCGGUCUAUGUCACUGCAUGUCAGUGCAAGAGGCGACACUACAGUCCCUGGUUCGCAUCC